GAAAUUAAUGACUUGAAAAGCUUAGCGAGAUUGUGGCGAUGGUCAAACAUUUCAUCAACAGAUGAUUCGACUACUGGACCAUUCGGUCAAGCUUUUCAUUCUUCCUCAAAAAACAAGCAUCCUUGUUUCAGUGCUUCCAGUUUUAAACAAAGAGGCCAUUGA